GACCCUCGCGGUCUUUUUGACCUAACCUUUGAACGUCCUCCAUCUUACUGAAGAGCAGCUUUCAGAAGUCUCUUCCUUGCGAUAAGAUCCAUUUUGUACCGAUCCCCUCUUUAGAGGGCGUGCAACUGUGACGGCAGAGGAGAAACUCGCCAUGUCGCUCAGUUUGCGCUGUUUCGCGUAUUCCCAGAUAUCGUUUCUGGUCGCAAACACCAACAAGAAGAACUACAAAGCCAACUACUCCGAGAUCUCCAAGCUGGUGAGUCUGUAUGGUCCGGAGGCCAGUAAGCACUUCUUCCGCUGUCUGGUGAGCUCGUUGGACCUGUCGUCUGAUGGGCGGAGCUACGGGACGGACGGGCAGCAGCUCCAGAUGCUCUGUCAAGAGGCCAACUCCCUCGUCUCAAAACCCAACUUUAUCUCCAUCCUCUGCUUUGGCUUUGAGAAGCAGGACAACAAGGGGCUCCAGCCGUCACCGCAGUUACUGGCGCAAGUUACCAAGGUCCUCAAAUUAGGCAGAGUUCAAGAGGUGGUGUUUGCUCUUGGUCUGUCCUCUUCGUCUGAUUCAGCUCUCAGCUACCAUGCCUCUCAACAUUUGAAAUCAAAACUUCCAGAUCUUGUGAGAUCCUAUUCAGAUAUGAGUUCCAGUCUCGAGGGAGGUCUGGGGGACGUGGCCAUUGAGGUGCUCCAUCGUCUCCUCUCUCACCUCCUUCUCUCCCCCGAGGACGAGGUGGGCGUGGCCCGGGAGAGCAUCGAUGCCUUCGUUCAGACUCUCUGCAGAGAUUUCCCGCGAGAGAGGGUGCCGGUUGUACUCUCUCCUCUCAUCUAUCGUGAACAAGAGGACAUCACAGAGGACAGACUUGUUCCCGUGUCAGUCUCUUUAGCUCCUUCUGUGUUCUCCAUUGAGCUGGCUGAAAUAAUUAAAGACAUUGGUUAUGCAGCCACCGCUUCCAAGCAAGAUAUGAUUGAGAUCCUGAAGGACUAUGGAAAGCAGAACCUCACCAUCAAGAGUGUUGCUCGAGUUCUUGGUAUGAUGGCUACUUCUCUAACUGGACUACCUGAGAGUGUGCCUUUCAUGGGAGUGACUGGGGAAGCAGCGCAUGCGUCUAUCAAAGGUCCAGCCACUUGGGACGUCAAAAACUUUGUGUCUGCUGUUCAAUCACUGGUGCCCAACAUGCCGUGGAGGGAGUUGAUUCUCCAUCUGGACUACCAUGGUUUCGUCCUCCCCUCCCCCGAGUCCCUCAGUCUCAUCAUGACAGCCUACAACAUGGCCUGCCGGGAACCCUUCCCCCUCGAGUGUGUCCACCUCGCCUGGAGCAACCCUCGAGGACAGCUCUCCUGGUACCAGCAAGUGUUGGCCGGUUGUCCAGAGUUCAAUGUCAGUCAGUACAUGGGAGAGAGCAUCGAUCUGGAGCCGUUCAAGAUUGUCCUCAAUUCAGAAGAAGCCAAGCCGUGGCAGUACGUGUGUCUGACGCGAGCCUUGCUCCAUCUCUCAGAACAGACCCACUACUCUGAGGUCAAGACCCUCAUGGCCACGCCCCUCAAACACUGCCCCGAGGUCCUCUUCCUUGCAGUCAUCGAGUGUGUGGGGUACGUGAAGCUGCACUGGAAUGUGAUGCAGAAGGAGCUGAUAUGCCAGAUACUGCCUCACAUCAUGUCCACCUACCCGGCCCACUGCACUGUGCUCCAGUAUGCUUGGCACGGCCAGACCGUAUCCAAUCAGAUCCACUGCCUCAUGGUACAAGCAAUGGCGGAGUGGUACAUGCAGGGGGACCUCCCUGACCCCUCCAAGAUGUCCCGUAUUCUAGACGUCACGCAGGACACUAAGUCAAUGUCGGUGGUUCUGAACGUCAGCAACUUUCCCUUCGUGAUCGAGGUGGCCUGCUGGGCAACCAAGAGGGAGUAUCUGAAACUGGACAAGUGGGUCACCGACAAAGUCAAGGAGCACCACGAGAUGUUCAUCUCUGAAUGUGUUCAAUUCCUCACAACCCGUGCCCCGAAACCGUUCUCCCCGGCCGUCAGCUCGGGGUCAGAGCGCACCGGACUCACCCACGAGAUUGUCCUCACGAUCCUCGCCUGCCUUAAUAUCUUCAUGAGUAAUGUGAAACCGGAGCUGGCAGAAAAACUGAGAGGACUCAUCUCUCUCCACGGACCGCUGCCUCCGAAACCCCUGCCUACCCCCAUGUCGACCAUGUCUGGACAUGUGCAUCCUUUGGAUAUGACAGGUCUAGGUCUUACAGGUCCAGGAGGAAUGGCUGGAGGUCUGAUGACUCCGUCAUUCCCCGGUGGAGUGUCCCUCGGAGGACCCCCUGCGCCAGCCUCCCCGGUCGGUGGUAAGACCGGUCUGCCCGGCUCUGCUACCGGUCUGGUGGGGCUCUCACAGAUACAGCAACAUGGUAGUUUGUUUGGAAAUGGAGGUGGAGGAGGAGUGGAGAGUCUGCUGGGGGGCCUUGGAGGAGCAGCUGCAGGAAUGACAGUCUCUGCAGCCCACAAACACAUGCUCCAGGCCCAGCCCUCCCUCAGGGACCCCUCUAAAGUAUUGGUGAAUGACUUGGGCUCAGACACAAAUUUCUCCAAAGAAGUAGACGACAAGGCCAACGCCUACUUCCAGGCCAUCUAUAACAGAGGAAGCAAUGCAAUGAGUGUUGAUAGACUGCUGGAGCUACUGAAGCAGUUCAAAGACUCCACCAACAAGAGAGAGAGGGACCUGUUUGUGUGUAUGUUGAAGAACAUGUUUGAAGAGUACCAGUUCUUCCCGAGGUUCCCAGAGAGAGAACUCCAGAUCACGGGGAAACUCUUCGGAGGAAUCAUCGAACACGGCCUCGUCACUUAUGUGUCCCUGAGUCUCGCACUGCGCUACGUGCUGGAGUCGCUAAAGAAACCUCCCAGCAAGAAGAUGUACCUGUUUGGUCUGGCGGCUCUCGACAAGUUCAAAGGUCGACUGAGGGAAUUCCCCCAGUACUGUGCCAGCAUCGCCUCCAUUCCUCACUUCAACCACAGCGAGUUCCCCGCCGUACUCAGACAAUAUGUUCAGUAUGGACAGCAGUCAAUGGAGCCACCAGCCAGCACCGUGGCUCUCCUCAUGGCACAAUCUCAGCAGGAUCCUGCUGUGGGCAGUGUGGGGUCUGCUCUGCCGGGACUGAGCUCCCUGAGUGUCCACCCCUCCCUCCCUCCCCUCUCCUCCAUCACCACCUCCACCUCCUCCCCUCCCCUCCCCCCUGGACAUUCCUCCCCUCGUCACCUCGGCUCUCCCAGCUUCACCCAAGACACACCUAUGUCUCCAUCUACUGUCAUGCCGCCCAUAGGUGGAGGAGGCAAUGGUGCGAGAGCAGCUGCAGGUCCAGGGAGUCCUCUCGCUGUCAAGAGAGAUCCUCCCUCCAUCAACACCACCAACAUAGACACUCUCCUGGUGGCAGCAGAGCAGUCUGUGGAGAGAGCUGAGCCACCCGAUGAACUGCAAGACAAGAUACACUUCCUCUUCAACAACCUCUCCUCCUCAAACCUCCCCGAGAAGAUGGACGAGUUCAGAAGCCUGGUAGAGGAGCAGUUCUACGACUGGGUGGCCCAGUACCUUGUCAUGAAGAGAGCCUCCAUUGAACCCAACUUCCACAACCUCUACAUGAGUUUCCUCCAUUCCCUCAACUCGGGGGUCCUCAGGAGGUCUGUUCUCUCAGAAACCUUCAGGAACAUCAAGGUGAUCUUGAAGGCAGACAAGACGAGCAACAAUUUCUCUGACAGAGCAAUCUUGAAGAACCUGGGACACUGGCUGGGUCUCCAGACUCUCGCCAGGAACAAACCCAUCCUUCAAGAUGAUCUGGCGGUGAAAGAUCUCAUUCUGGAGGCAUACCACAAGGGCCAGCAGGAACUCCUUUAUGUCGUGCCUUUUGUGGCAAAAGUUCUGGAGAGCUGUGCUGAGAGCAAGGUGUUUCGACCGCCCAAUCCCUGGACCAUGGCCAUCAUGAGUGUUCUCAGUCAGUUGCAUUCCAUGCAAGAUCUGAAGUUGAACCUGAAGUUUGAGAUUGAGGUGCUGUGUAAGCACAUUGCCGUGGAGAUCUCAGACAUCAAACCCAGCAGACUGCUGGACACCGCCGAGAGAGCCAAGCUCCUCAACCAGCUGUCCUCUCCAAAAGAGCCGUCUCCAGUCACCACCCAACCGUCCGCUCCCCUCCCGGCCUACCACUACGAGAUGAUACAGGUGUCCUCUCUGGCUGGGAUGACUCCUCACCUGCAGAUCAGCCCUCAGAUAGUGCUGUUCCAGCAGUUCCCCCAGUUGAGGGGGUGUGUGAGGCCGGCAGUGGAGAAGGCAGUGCAGGAGCUGCUCAUGCCAGUCGUCGACCGCUCCAUCAAGAUUGCUCUCACCACAACCGAACACAUCAUCAAAAAGGAUUUCUCUAUGGACCCAGACAUCCACCGGAUGCACCUGGCUGCCCACCACAUGGUCCGCCACCUCACGGCCGGCAUGGCAAUGAUCACCUGUAGAGAGGCUCUCCUAGUCAGCAUCUCCAACAACCUCAAGACUGCCUUCAUCGCCUCCGUUAGGACUCCUGCAGAAGAGCUGAAGGCCCUCAUCGACCAAGCUGCUCACCAGUUGAGUGCAGACAACACAGAGCUGGCCUGUGCCUUCAUCCAGAAGACAGCCGUGGAGAAAGCAGUGCCUGAGAUGGACAAGAGACUGGCAGAGGAGUUCGAGGUGCGGAAGUUGGCUCGUGCCGAAGGUCGUCGCUACUGUAAUGCCACAGCUCUCACCUACCAGGCAGAGAGGAUGCCUGAACAGAUACGAGUCAACGUUGGCGGUCCAUCCCAGCAGCAAGCUGCAGUCUACGAGGAGUUUGCUCGUUGCCUGCCAGGCUUCCUUCCCUCCACCUCUCCCUCUUCCUCCUCCUCCUCCUCCACCUCUGCCCUGUCUGCCGGCAAGUUCCUUCCCAAUGAAGAGUUCAACCAGAUACUCCUCAAGUGUGCCGGGGAGAUCAGCCAGCACCUGAGAGUGGCCCUGGCCCCUCCCAACAACCCCCACAUCUCCAUGAUGAGAUCCCUGCUGGAGAUCACCAUGCAACUCAGGAUCGCUCCCAACUACGCCAACGUUGUCAUGCUCCUGCAGAAGAGUCUGGAAGGUCUGUUGGAGGGAAUGAACCCGCCUCCCAGUGACCCCGAGCUCUUUGUCAGCUUCAGAGACUGUCACCUCCUCAUACUCAAGAUGAUACAGGGAGGGAGUGGGCUGGGGGCAGAGGCGGCCCAGCAGCACGUGACCAGGAUCCUCAUAGGGACACGAGAGGACAUCAAGUUCAGCCCCAGAGCCAUCAUCCUCCUCAUCGGCCUCCAGAUCAUUGACAUCAAACAGCUCGACGAGUACCUGGCCAAGUCGAUAGAGAACGGGCGGAACCUGGUGGCCCUCAGCUGCAGCAUCAAGCUGGUCAACGCCAUAGUGUCGGCGGAGAAGAGAGAGACGCCCAUUACUGACAAGGAGCUACUGAAGACCAAAGAGGCACUGUUCCGUCUCUCUACCAACUUGAGACAGCUUCCAGACAGUUCUGCACAGCUACUGGAGCCAUUCAAGCUGGAGCACGGUAUUGGAGCGGUGGGACGGGCCAUGUCAGGCUCCGGAGCCAUGCCGGAAUUGGAACGAGUCCAAGGGGCUACCCCCUCAAUCAUGACUCAAGGGGUGUUGGGUGCCACCACUGAACUGGAGGACCCUCCUGGCCUUUAUGAGAAGGUGGAGUAUUUGUUGUCAGAGUGGGUGAGAAAAUUCCAUCAGCCUGGUCUACUGAAAGACGGAGACAAGGUCUAUGCUGUGUAUGUGGCCAGGCUACAGCAGCAAGGCAUUCUGAAGAGUGACGACCUCAUCACGAGAUUCUUCAGAAUCAGUGUAGAGAUGUGUGUGGACCUCUGCUACCGCACCCUCAGUGACCCUGCUAUCACACCAACUAUGGCACGGGCAAAGUGCUACCAUACAAUGGAUGCCUUCAUGAAGUUGGUAGUGGUGCUGGUCCGGUAUUCUGGGGACGCCAUCAACACCACCAACACCAAGAUCAACCUCCUCAACAAGGUGUUGGCUACAGUAGCCCAUGUUCUCCUACAUGACCAGGAGAAUAAAGGAACUGACUUCCACCAACUGGCCUACCACAGGUUCUUCAUCAUGCUACUGAGUGACCUGAGUGUACCUGACCCUGUUUUUGACGCCAUCAGUUAUGCAAUACUGCACGCCUUUGGUCAUGUCUACCAUAUUGUGAGGCCAAGUCGUGCCCCGGGCUUUGCCUACUCCUGGCUGGAGCUCAUCUCACAUCGCAUCUUUAUCGCCAAGCUUCUUCUACAGACUCCUCAGCAGAAGGGGUGGCCCCUGUUUCAUCAGUUGUUGAUUGACCUGUUCAAGUUCCUUGCUCCUUUCCUCCGCAACGCUGAACUGACCAAACCGACCCAGCUCCUGUACAAGGGCACCCUGCGUGUGUUGCUAGUGCUCCUCCACGACUUCCCAGAGUUUCUCUGUGACUACCACUACUCGUUCUGCGACGUCAUUCCUCCCAACUGCAUCCAGAUGAGGAAUCUCAUCCUGAGUGCCUUCCCGCGCAACAUGCGGCUACCCGACCCCUUCACACCCAACCUCAAGGUGGAGAUGUUGCCUGACAUUGCCCAUGCCCCCAGAAUCCUCCCCAACUAUACUCAGAACAUCCCUCCCAACCUCAAGAAGGAUCUGGACAACUACAUCAGAACAAGAGCUCCAGUGUCUUUCCUCUCUGAACUGAGGGGCCAUCUCCAGGUAUCAACAGAGCCUGGUAACCAGUACAACAUCACUCUGAUGAACUCCCUGGUUCUGUACGUGGGGACACAGGCCAUCACCUACAUCCACAGCAAGGGCUCCUCCUCUUCCACCAGUACCAUCGCCCACACCGCACACAUGGACAUCUUCCAACACCUCGUGGUGGAUCUCGACACUGAAGGUCGCUACUUGUUCCUGAAUGCCAUAGCCAACCAGCUGAGGUACCCAAACAGCCACACCCACUAUUUCUCCUGCACUCUGCUCUCCCUAUUUGCCGAGACCAAUGCUGAGGCCAUCCAGGAACAGAUUACUAGAGUGCUACUGGAGAGACUGAUAGUAAACAGACCUCAUCCCUGGGGGCUCCUCAUCACUUUCAUAGAGCUCAUCAAAAACACUUCCUACAACUUCUGGAAACACGAGUUUGUCCACUGUGCCCCCGAGAUUGAAAAGUUGUUUGAGUCGGUGGCCAAGAGCUGCAUGCAGAAACAGCCUCAGAGCACGAGCCGAGAGGAGCCCAGUGAACCAGCAACGAGCAUGGCAACGUAGCCCCCACUCCCACUAGGCAUGCUAUAUAUACACACUCUUGGAUUAAAUGGACUUUGGCCAUAUUGUGCAAUUUGUGUACAUUUGUAAUGCAUUUCUAAUUAAAGUGCAAACCCUCAGCACACUAUAUA